AUGGAGAGGGUCGCCGUUUUCUCGUUCGCCAGGCACUCGCCCGUGUUCUACCAGGGUGUGCACGCGACGGAGGCGAUGGACUCGGUGCCUCCGCCGGCGCUUCUGGACUGGCUGGGCACCUGCCGCAAGACCAUGGUGCACGAGACCUCGCGCCGCCCGCACGUGUUCGGCAUCCUGCACUGCGCGUACUGGCACUGCCUCAUGAACGGCAGCAACGGCCCCGGCGACUCCGCGGGCGCCCCGUUCCUGUGCCCGGUGUGCCUGCGCAAGGUGCUGCACGGCCUCGCCGGGGUGAGCGGGCCCCCGAGCCUGGGGGCGCUGUGCGAGAGGUACGCCCGGAUGGAGGAGGCGCUCAGGGCACUCGCCGAGGAUAUGGGAUGGACCCCGCGGGGGGCUCCCGCGCGCUGGGGCGAGACAUAG